UGGGUGUUGGCUGGGGAUAUGGUGCAAACAUGUUGACAAAAUACUUGGCAGAAGUUGGUGAGAAAACACCUUUGACAGCUGCUACUUGUAUAGACAAUCCUUUUGAUUUGGAGGAGGCCACAAGAUCAACUCCUUAUCAAAUCGCUUUAAAUGAAAACCUCACUGGUGGGCUUAUAGAUAUUCUACGAUCUAAUAAGGAGCUAUUUCAAGGCCGGGCAAAAGGGUUUGAUGUGGAAAAGGCUUUAUCGGCCAAAUCUGUUCGUGACUUUGAUGAGGCAAUAUCUAUGAUCUCUUAUGGAUUUGAGGACAUCGAAGACUUUUACUCCAAAUCUAGUUCGCGAAGCUUAGUUCGCAAUGUGAAGAUUCCUGUUCUUUUUAUACAGAGUGAUGAUGGAUCAGUUCCACUGUUCUCCAUUCCACGUGGUUUGAUUGCAGAAAAUCCUUUUACCAGCCUACUUCUAUGUUCUUGUUCUUCGUAUAGAGGUACAGUAUCUUGGUGCCAGCAUCUUACUAUUGAGUGGCUUACUGCAGUGGAGCUUGGACUCCUAAAGGGCCGUCAUCCUCUUCUAAAAGAUGUUGAUGUCGCCAUCAGUCCCUCAAAAGGCGUAGCUUUUACGGAAGGUACGUUGACUGGUAAAGGAAGAAACACUAAGAUGCUUUUGGAUCUUUCUAGAUCAAAUUCUAUAAAUGGCUAUUCUGUUGGUCCUACAAGAGACGUGUUAGAAGAUGGUAGUACAACUGCUAGUAUGCACCUACAGUCCGGACAAGAUUCACUCAGAGAUGUGUCAGCACAGACCAACCCUCAUGAAGGAGAGCUGGUCAGAGAGGAAGCCGUACCUGAAGAUGAGGAAAUAGGGCAAGUUUUAAAAACUGCACAAUUAGUUAUGAAUAUGCUUGAUGUGACUAUGCCCGGAACUUUGAAAGAAGCAGAGAAGCAGAAGGUAUUGGCUGCUGUUAAUCAAGGAGAAACAGUUAUGAAAGCUUUGCAAGAUGUUGUUCCAGAAGAUGUUCGUGAAAAACUCAUGGAAACUGUAUCCGUAAUUAUGCAUUCUCAAGGCACGAACUUAAAACAAGGAUUUGGCAAAUGGGACAGUAGCAAUCAAGUUGGGUCGGAGAAAGCUACUGCUGGACAAGGAACAGAAUCUCAGCCUUCAGACAAUAUACAAAAGUCUGGGGAUGUAAGUCAAUCUCAAUCAGCAGGUGGAAAUCGCAGUGAUAUGUCUUCUUCAGUCAAGAAGGAUACAAAUGGGACUGAUACCAAUCAAGUUGGCACGGAGAAAGCUACUGCUGGACAGGGAUCAGAAUCUCAGCCUUCAGGCAAUAUGCAAAUGUCUGGGUCUCAACCAGCAAGUUGGGAUCACAGUGAUAUUUCUUCUUCAGUCAAGAAGGAUACAAAUGAAUCAGGAAAAAUUAAUGAAAGUGAUGCUCUCAAUAAGGAAAAGGCUUCUCUACAUGCUGACUUGAUUGAACCAGGAUCAGAAACUAGUGCUAAGCCUAAUUUGACUACCCAAGCAGAGAAGGAAGGUAGCACGAACGAAAUACUUAGUGGUGAAUCCAAAGCGGACGAAGAUGGUGGAGGCCAAACUGAAACGAAGGAUGAUAAUAAUUCCCAGCAAAAGGAAGAAAAAGUCGUGGAUUCUUUGACUGACCAGAAUAAAGUGGCAUCUGCAGGAUCUUCUGAAACCAAACCAGAGGAAGGGGAAAGGAAUGAUGAUCAGAAAAAAGAUCUGCAACGUUCAACCGAUCAAAAUAAGCCCUCCAUCACUGAUUCCAAUACUAAAUCCUUCAGUGUUUCUCAAGCAUUAGAGGCUCUGACAGGGAUGGAUGAUUCCACCCAAGUGGCUGUUAACAGUGUGUUUGGCAUGAUAGAAAAUAUGAUUGAUCAAUUUGAGGAAAAAGAAAAUGAUUCUAACGUUGGACACAAGGUCAGGACUGAGAAUAUUGAAUCUCUGCCUGAGACGCAAGAUACAUCUGAAAAAGAAGAGGGCAGUGAAAAUGAUAGCAAAUUAAGAGAAACAGAAGGCAUGAAAAAUAACCCGAGUAUGAUUUCUGAUAGAUUAUAUGAUCCUCCCACACAUAAUGGCAAUGGCACAGCCUUGGAGGAUGACUCAACUAGUGAAUGGCUGCAGAAGGAAUCCCCACAAAGUGCAGCAGCCUUUGCCACAAAGUGCUGCAUUUUUAGGUCAAUAGUUGUGUAUCCGUGCCUGUCUGCAUAUUCAAUCUUUGUGAUUCUCGCACUCUGUGGGAGUGUUAUGUAAAUAUUUGUAAUUGCAUGAGGGGAGAUUUGAAGCAAAAAAGAACAAUGAAGAUAUUGUGGCAACAUUAUCGUCGUCAUUAUGUAUAGUUUACGCUACAAUGUCCCGUUAAAAAUGCCCUCCGAGCACAAG